AUAUUGUCAAUUUGUGUUGACGUGUACGAAGUUCCAGUAACGUUCCUCCGAACAACCAAUGUCGGCGUAGACCCCACUUCGCCCAUCUUUCCUGAAUCACUGGCAUCUGAUUUUGAUGAGGACAGAAGUUCCGGUGGUCCGACCAACCGAAAUGAUACUUGA